AUGCAGCUCCUGCCCAGCCUCUCCCCCGUCACCUGGCUGCUCCUCGUCGCCCUCCUGUGCCUCGUGGCCCUCUAUGGGAUAUGGCCCUACCGGACCUUCAAGAAGCUGGGCAUUCCUGGCCCACGGCCUCUGCCAUUUGUGGGAACUUUCCUGGAGUACCAGCAUGGAGUCCACAAUUUUGAUCAGAAAUGCUUUGAAAAGUAUGGAAAAAUCUGGGGGUUUUAUGAUGGCAGGCAGCCUGUGCUGGCUGUUUUGGACCCCGUCCUCAUCAAAAACAUCCUGGUGAAAGAGUGCUACAGCAUUUUUACUAAUCGCCGGAACUUUCGUCUGAACGGGAUCCUGGGGUCAGCCCUCAAUGUGGCUGAAGAUGAGCAGUGGAAAAGGAUUUGUACAGUGCUGUCUCCAACCUUCACCAGUGGGAAGCUGAAGGAGAUGUUCCAUAUCAUUAAUCACUAUGGUGAAAAAUUAGUGAAAAACAUUGAGAAGAAAGCUAAUGACGAGUUUGUGGCUGCGAAGGACAUUUUUGGAGCUUACAGCAUGGAUGUGGUGACCAGCACUUCUUUCAGUGUCAAUGUUGACUCCAUGAACAACCCCAAUGACCCCUUUGUCACCAACAUUAAGAAAUUUCUCCAAUUCAGUUUCAUAAGUCCUCUGUUCUUACUUUUAGUGUUGUUCCCCUUUGUUACUCCUGUGCUGGAAAAGAUGAAGGUGACUCUGUUACCCUCAGAUGUCAUGAACUUCUUCAAGAAUGUCUUCACAAAAAUGAAGAAGGAACGGGAGAAGGGCAGCAGCACGGACCGGGUGGAUUUCCUGCAGCUCAUGAUUGAAUCACAGAACUCACAUGAUGGCUCCAAGUCUGCUGAGACCAACUUGGAUAAAACAUUAAGUGAUGAGGAGAUUCUGGCCCAGCUCUUUGUCUUUGCUGGUUAUGAGACCACCAGCUCCACCCUCAGCUACAUAGCCUACAACCUGGCCAUCCACCCUGACGUGCAGCAGCGACUCCAGGACAAGGUCGAUGCACACCUGCCCAACAAGGCCGCUCCCACAUACACGGCCAUCACCCAGAUGGAGUACCUGGACAUGGUGGUGAACGAAUCCAUCCGGCUCUACCCCGCCGGGGGCCGCAUCCAGAGGGUCUGCAAGCAGACAGUGGAGCUCAAUGGAGUGACUAUUCCAGAGGGAAUGGUGGUCAUGAUCCCAGCCUUCGUGCUGCACCGUGACCCGCAGUACUGGCCAGAGCCAGAGGACUUCAGGCCUGAGAGGUUCAGUAAAGAGAACAAAGAGGGUAUUGACCCCUACACCUUCCUGCCAUUUGGGGCUGGCCCCAGGAACUGCAUAGGGAUGAGGUUUGCUCAUCUUGUUGUGAAAGUGGCUGUGGUUGUCCUGUUGCAGAACUUCUCAUUCAGACCCUGCAAAGACACACCGAUCCCACUGGUGCUGGACUCAAAAGGUUUCAUGCAACCAAAGAAGCCCAUUGUCCUGAAGAUGGUCCCCAGAGCCCAGGCUGACCUGAAGAAGUGAAAGAAGCAGGAACAGAGCAAGAGACUCUUAUUUAAUGGUGCCUCCUCCAGCUCUUGAGAGGAUUCAAGGUUAAUGUGUGCACUGCAGGAGUGUCAGGGGGGCAGCCCCCCCCAUUUCAUGGGGGUUUGGCCCAGCACAAUUUCAUGAACAUUAUUCUAAUGAACACGAGCCCCGGGUCCUGCUGUCCCCAGUCACAAUAGGCAUUUUGCAAGACCAUUUGCACUCCAGUUAUUUGGACGUUUUUUUCUCUCUCUCUGAAGAGGCACUUUUCUAAGCAAUUUGAUUCCAGACACUGUCAGUCUCUUCUGGCAGUGUAAUUUAAAUCAAGAUGGGGAGAGCAAAUUGCACAUAGUUAAGUAAUGCUGCCGUUGCUCCUGUUCCCUCUGCCUGCUGGGUGAUUCUGUGUCUCCUGGUUUUACCCUCCUGGGAAUGCAGAGUUGUCCAGGGCGUUUCCUCAGCUCUGUGCUAUGACCCUGACAAGUGUUAAAAUGGUAACGUCCUUGCAGGACUGAAUGCCUGCAGCAGAUUUUCUGAUGCUGAUUUAUUUCGAUUUUGGUAUGAUUUUAGAUGGCUUUUGUGUGAUUCCAAGUGCAGAUGGGU